AUGGCCCUACCCAUGAAAACCGAGUGUUAAUCCAUUGAUGAAGCCCGUGUCAGCUGAAGUCAUAGAGUGUGGUUCACAGAAUCUUAGCCAAGACUAGGUAGGACCUUGGGUAUUCAGGGUCUCUCACCAGUCUGCGUUCCCGCGAUGCGUGACGAUACCUUGGACACCGAUUAUGUUGAAUUCGGAACCCCACUGGAACCAUAUGAAGACGAUGCUCCCAUCAAGUUGAAGCCCAAAAACAUUGAAGACCAAGUGGUGACAGAUGACCAGGGAAGACGAAGAUUCCAUGGUGCCUUCACUGGAGGCUUUUCAGCUGGAUACUUUAAUUCAGUUGGGACUUCAGUGUAUUUGGGAUUGCUCCAAGAGUUUUGCGACCAAAAGAUGCAGCUACCCAAGAAUCGUCACGAAAGCGUCCUCAUGUCAGCUAUAGAGAAAGUCCUAUCCCUGGAAUUCCUGCAUUAGCAGAUUUGCUUAAACCUGCUAAGUAAGUUUCUUUCAUUGGCUAUUGGAAGACAUGUGGUUUCUCUCCUGAUUCAUUCUGUCUGGUCAUUUAGGGAGAGCAUUGGAAUGAAGUUAUUGAAAAAGUUGGGCUGGAAAUUGGGACAAGGCAUUGGCCCAAGGCUGACACACAAGCAGAAGGCUGCAGAAAGAAAAAGGCAGACAUAUGGAUGUGCUCUUCCCCAUGGACAAGCACCCAAAUCUGUGGCUGCUGAAUCUAGCAGUGAAGACGAGAGUGAUGACCCUGAAACUACUUUUGCACCUGAUGAUUUGGAUCCCAUGCUACUUAAUGCAAAGGCUGACUGCUUUGGCCUUGGUUACCAAGGGCUAGAAAGGCACUCUGUUCUGUCAUGCUAUGCUGAUGUUUCCAGGUCAUCGUUGAAACUCAUUGACAAGAAGAAGAAAGUGGCCAUUCAAGGCCAAGCAUUUGGAGUGGGAGCAUUUGAAGAAGAAGAUGAAGAUAUAUAUGCACUGGAAGACAUGAGUCGGUAUGACUUCAUGACCGGAAAUGAGGAAACGCCCAUCAAGGCUCCUGCAGUUGGAAGUGGAAGAGACUUGAACUCCAUUGAUGGAUUCAUUCCCAGUCAGAAACAUAUGCCACCUGUCAGAUUUUAUCCUCCACCUGUACUUCCUCGAGAUUUCAUUCCUGUGCAUCAUCCUAGUGAGACAGAGAAGCAGUCCAUCAGGUUCUCCCUGUCAAGAGGCAAAGAUUCUUCCAAAGAGAGGAAAGCCAUGUUGGGUCAGGAUCAGGAAAAAUUGACAAAAACAGAUAAGAAGAUUCUAGUCAGUAAUGCACUGCAGAAGAUCAGAAUGGAUCUCUCCAAGAAGGAAAUCAACAAUACUGUAGUCACGGGGAAGCAAGAGAACCAUGGAAGAUUGACAGAAUGGGAAGAAGAAGGGAGGAAACUCAAUCAGGAUGAAGUUUCUGCCUUGGUAGGGCAUUUAGCCUCUCGGUUUGUGUCCUCACAGGCAUCAAUCACCACUGUCAACAAGGUUGAGGAAACAGAUGAACAAAAGGCUGCCACAAUGAAGCUGUAUGGAAAGAUGACUCGUCAGAAAGAAGAAUGGCAUCCUGAUGCUGUUCUCUGUAAAAGAUUCAACAUUGCCAACCCACACCCUGGGUCUGAGGAAGUUGGGACUGUGAAACCAAAGCCAGUGGGGGGUUCCAUUUUUGCUGUCCUGUCUAAUGAAUCACAUUCACCAGGAAAGUCUGAGGUGCAGGCAAUUCAGUCCUUGGCAGUAGAAGAGCCAGUACCAGAUCAUGACUUGACUAACUAUGCAGGGGAAAAUGAUCCAGAAGUAGAUCAAGACAUACAAGAACAUCAGGAAGACAUGUCUCAAGAUGCCAGAGCAAAUAAAGAGAAUGAACGUCCACCAAUGGACCUUUUCAAGGCUGUCUUCCAGAGCUCAGAUUCAGAAGAUGAGGAUCCUGAGGAAGCUCCAAGCAAUGAGAAAACAGUUGAGCCCCCUUCACAACUGAAAACUGAAUUUCCAUGCAAGGAAAAGAAAGCCAGCGAAAUUGUUGAAAUUGCUCCAAGACCCAAGGCUUCUGGGUUAUUCUCAGGAAUAGACAUGGAUCUGGUCAAUCAAAAAUGGCAGGAAAGAAGUGCAAUAGUGAAGCCAGUUGUCAAGAAACCUGAAAGGACUGAGAUUAUACAGAAUGACAACAGUUCUGUUACAUCCAGAGAGGAGCCUGAAAGUAAUCUUGAAUUCUAUGGACCAGUCCCUCCAAUAACUCCUGCAUCAACUGCAUUGGAAGACAGAGCAGAUACAAAAAAGAAGAAGAAAAAACUGAAGCAGAAACACAAACACAAGAGGAAGCAUAAGCAUGGAGUUAAACAUAAAAAGAAGUGAUUUCUCAUGACUUUGUGAUCAU